AUGCCUCCCAAAAAGGCCGUUGUCCAGGAGAAGGUCCUGCUGGGCCGUCCAGGAAACAACCUGAAGAGUGGUAUCGUUGGUCUGGCCAACGUCGGCAAGUCGACGCUCUUCCAGGCUAUCACGAAGUCGUCGCUGGGUAACCCGGCCAACUUCCCCUAUGCCACCAUCGACCCUGAAGAAGCCCGUGUCAUCGUUCCUGAUGAGCGUUUCGACUGGUUGUGCGAACACUACAAGCCCAAGUCGCAGGUUCCUGCCAACUUGACCGUGUAUGAUAUCGCCGGUCUGACCCGUGGCGCUUCCACCGGCGCUGGUCUGGGCAAUGCUUUCUUGUCUCACAUUCGUGCCGUCGAUGCCAUCUUCCAGGUCGUCCGUUGCUUCGACGAUGCGGAGAUCAUCCACGUCGAGGGUGAUGUCGAUCCGGUCCGUGAUCUGAACAUUAUCAGCGAGGAGUUGCGGAUCAAGGAUAUCGAGUUUGUCGAGAAGGCGCUCGAGAACUUGAACAAGCAGACACGGCGCGGUGGACAGUCUCUGGAGAUGAAGAAGCUCAAGGAGGAGGAAGCCACUGUGGCCAAGGUUCUUCAGUUCCUGAAGGACGGCCAUGAUGUCCGCAAGGGUGAAUGGGCCCCCAAGGAGGUUGAGGUUAUCAACCCUCUCUUCCUGCUCACCGCUAAGCCUGUUGUCUACCUCGUCAACCUGAGCGAGAAGGAUUACAUUCGCCAGAAGAACAAGUAUCUUCCCAAGGUCUUCGAAUGGAUCAAGACCAACUCUACUGGUGAUCCCUUGAUCCCCAUCUCCGUCUGCUUCGAGGAGCGCUUGGCUGCUUUCGGCGAUGAUGCCGCGGCCGCUGAGGAGUGCAAGAAUCUGAACACCAAGUCUGCUUUGCCCAAGGUCAUCGUGACCAUGCGCCAGGUGCUCAACUUGGCCAGUUUCUUCACCACCGGUACGGACGAAGUCCGUCAGUGGACUAUCCGCAAGGGUAUCAAGGCUCCCGCUGCCGCUGGUGUCAUUCACACCGAUUUCGAGAAGACUUUUAUCCAGGCUAUUGUCUACAACUACGCUACCCUGCGUGAGCUUGGUGAUGAACCUGCAGUUAAGGCUGCCGGCAAGGUCAUGACCAAGGGUAAGGACUACGUAGUCGAGGAUGGUGACAUCCUCCUGAUCAAGGCCGGUGCUGCCAAGGGCUAG